UGUUGUACUUUAAGUUAAUAAUAAUGAUGUCAUAUUGUCAGUCUAAAGUCUAAAGCAUUGAUAUCACACUAACUCCAUUUAUAAGGAGAAAUAUAUAAAAUAAUGUUUAAAAUACAACAAAACAGUUUAUGAAUGAAAGUACAAACAAGAAUUUUUUUUAAAAUUUAAAUAAUGUAGAAGAAAUUUUUUCUUCAUUCUUCAAGAAACUUUCUUCUACAUUAGUCUUCAAUUCCAUCAUGUCCAAUCACCAGGAACAAAAUAAUCUUCUUUCUCAGAGAUGAACUUUUAUUAGAGGCUUUGCCUCUGAAAAAUUAUGUAAAACAGUUAAAACGUUUACCUGAUGAUCAUAAUUGAAAAAGUCUUUUUUUGUUUUAUUGAAUUUUAUGUCCAUUAAAAGUUCUUUCAUAUUGUUUUUAGAUUAACAAUAAAAUGUAAAAAUAGCUCAAAAUCAAAAAUUAUUCUGCCAAAUAGUCUAAAGAUCUGUGAACUUUGAAUAAUGUAUGGGUUUUAUAGAUCUGUAAGAUCUAGUUCUAUAAUCAAUAAUAUCUUUUUGAUAUUAGAUACAGUAGUUAGUCUGUUCAUUAUAAUUUGUAGAAUAUUUAAUUUACAAAAAUAAAUCUACAUUGUAAAAUGUAAAAUUUUAAAAUAUCAUUAAAAAUGAAUUAAUGCAUUUUUUUUUAAUCAAUAGUGUGCUAGUAAAGAGACUAUAGAAACAUUAUCAGCAUUGGAAAUAGCUGAAAUUAUGACUUAUUUAGAUCAUAAAAUAUUUGUUUCUAUUAGGAGUGAUGAAUUUUUAGGCCAAGCAUGGAUGAAACCAGAAAAAGCUACAAAAGCUCCAAAUAUACUUCUAAUGACAAGACGAUUUAAUGAUGUGAGUCGAUUAGUUGUAUCUGAAAUUUUAAGAGCUCCAGAAAUGUCAAAACGUGUAGCCAUUAUUGAAAAAUGGGCAGCUGUUGCUGAUAUAUGUAGAUGUUUACAUAAUUUUAAUGGAGUUCUUCAAAUUUGUGCAGCAUUUAUGAAUAGUUCAGUUUUUAGACUGAAAAAAACAUGGGAAAGAGUAUCAAAAACGAACAAACAAACUGUUGAUAAACUGCAAGCAUUAGUUUCUGCUGAUGGACGAUUUAGAAAUAUGAGAGAUGCUUUACAUAAAUGUGAUCCACCGUGUAUUCCAUAUUUAGGCAUGUACUUGACCGACCUCUCUUUUAUAGAAGAAGGAACACCAAAUUUUACUGAAGAAGGCUUGCUCAAUUUUUCCAAAAUGCGAAUGAUUGCUCAUGUAAUUAGAGAAAUUCGGCACUUCCAGCAAACACCUUAUAAAAUAGAGAUAAAUCCAAAGGCUGUUAAUUAUCUUCUUGACACUAGUCACAUGUUACCAGAUGAAGAAUUGUAUCAACUGUCUCUAUGUUUAGAACCAAGGCUAUCAAGACUCAGUACUAAAAUUCAACCACCUUCAGUAUCCACCAGCCAAGGAUCAUGAAGAUGUUUCUACAUUUAUCUAGUCGACACCCAAUAUAUUGUUCUUUCCGUCUCUGUAAUUCUUUCUUCUCUCUACAGUGAGAGCUGGAUGUGUUUUGCUUCCAGGCAUUGUCACCCACUACUAACAAUUCUUGCACAUUCCCAAAACACUCCACCAUCUUUUCAGGAAAAUUAUUUAUAAAUGAAAUUUCACAAUAUAGGAUGAUUGGCUUUUAAUGUUCUGAAAUGUUUUUCCUCCCAGUGUUUUUCAUAAUAUUGAUCUAUAUUGCGUGAUUUGGAUGGCAGAUUCCCCUUAAAAAUACACGCAGAUGUUAGAUAUAAAUGAAAUUAAACUGAAGCAAAUUAUAUAUAUGUACAAUGAUAGACAUAUGUAUGCAUAUAUAAUUAUAUAUGUUAUAAUU